CUCCGAAUAAUUCUUUUAACCGUUGAACGUACAAAAAAAAAAAAGAAGCAGAAAAAAAAAAGUGAAGUUUCAGAAUUCAGAUCGAGAUGUAUCAUCUCGUUUACGCCAUGUCUCUUAACUCCUUUUUUGUUCAUCCUCCUCAAAACCCUAGCCAGAAAGUGAGAGACAAAAUAUUAGUCAUUUAGCAGUCUCUCUUCACAAUCUCUCUCUCUCUCUCUCUCUCUCUCUCUCUCUCUCACACACACACACACACAAAGAAGAAAGCAUCUCAAGAAGCCAUUUGCUAAUCUGAAGAACACAACUGUUUGAAAGGUGGAUCAUCAUCGGAGGCAUGGAAAGAGGUCACUUCCUCCUGAAGCACCGGUGCAAGAGAAGGCCAAAGAAGAAGAAGAAGAAGAAGAAGACGAAGAGCUGUGCAGUUACUCCUCAUCCUGGUCCGAGACCGACGUCUCGGCCAUGGUCACUGCUCUCACUCAAGUCAUGGACACCACCGCCACCACCACAAAUCGUCCCGGCUCAGAUAAUUCAUCUGUUGAAUCCACCACCACAACUCUCGUCUUCGACUCACCUCAACCAGCUCAAAAUCAGGAGAAUAGCAGGAUGAUGAGAAGACACUAUAGAGGAGUGAGGCAAAGGCCGUGGGGCAAAUGGGCUGCUGAGAUACGGGACCCGAACAAAGCAGCUCGGGUGUGGCUCGGCACGUUCGACACGGCUGAAGCGGCGGCCCUCGCCUACGACAACGCGGCCCUCAGAUUCAAAGGCACCAAGGCUAAGCUCAACUUCCCUGAACGAGUUCAAGGCAACACUAGUACUAGCAUCGUUGGGAACGUGGCCCCUCCGAGCAAUCUAUCGUCAUUGUCUGAACAAAACACCAACGUCAUGCCGUUUAAUCCUCCAGCGACUACGACGGCAUCGUCGCAUGUGGCAUACCCGGACCUGAUCCAGUACGCGCAGCUUCUCUCCAGUAGCGACGCGGACUUCCCCAUCAUUACUUCGAGCCUGUUCGGUGGAGAACACUUUGGUUCCCAGUCUUCGACGCCGUCGUCUCGACAAGACGAGAUGGCUAGAUCAUCUAGUUCUGAUUUUCAGGGAGUUGACGAAUACAAGCGUGGUUACCGAAGCAAAUGAAGAGGAAAUUGCUUUUGUGUGUGUCUUUCGAACAUUCUCUUUGGAAAUAUUUUGGUCUGGUAUUGUUGGAAUGACGCACAGAUCCAAGCGUGUUGUGCUACGCUUCAUUUGGGGCGUUAAUUGUUUGUGUUUUCUUGCGAGGAAGGAGCGGGAAAGAUUGCCAGCCAUUGGAGUAAUGUUUUCGCAAGGAUCAAAAUUAGCAUGCAGUGUUGCGUUUUUCUCCA